AUGGUGCACGUUUCCGGAACCAAGGUCAGGGUUGUCAAGAAGAAGCUCACCAAGUUCAAGAGACAUGAGUCCGACAGGUAACUUUUAAAAGCAAUUACCAGGUCAGAUUAUUAUUCCUUUUUCAGAUACCGUCGUGUAGCCCCGAGCUGGCGCAAGCCAAAGGGAAUCGACAACCGUGUCCGCAGACGCUUCCGUGGUAUGCGUGCCAUGCCAACCAUCGGAUUCGGAUCCGACAGAAGAACCCGCUUCGUGCUUCCGAACGGAUUCAAGAAGGUUCUCGUCCAGAACGUCAAGGUGCGUUAAUUUUGCAUAGAAUUCUAUUAGGAUAGUUCGCCUUCUAAAAGCUUCCUUUUCAGGACCUCGACAUGCUCCUCAUGCAGUCCUACAAAUACAUCGCCGAGAUCGGACACGGAGUCUCCGCCAAGAGCCGCAAGGGAAUCGUCGAGCGCGCCGCCCAGUUGAACAUCAAGCUGACGAACGGAAACGCUCGUCUUCGCACUGAGGAGUCGGAGUAA